AUGAAGGGGAGAGCCGUGAAUGUUCAUAGGUAUGCGGUAGCAUGGUGACUGCAAACCAUUGUGGAUGAACAACCCGUAUCUGUUAUUGUCUCCGAUGAUGGGUUCGAGCAGGAAUCCGAAACGUCAGGCUAAUAAAGCUCUUGUCCCAGUGAUCGUGUCUCCUUCACGAAACAGAAGGGCUUUCUAAUAAAGUAGCACCCGAGAAAUGUGUGCUCGCAAACCAAAACAAAGUUCAAACUUCAUCACCUGAACUAGCAACAAGAAUGCCGGUACAAACAAGAGUGUGUGGUCUGAGUGUCUGCCUAACCACAACGCAGGUACACGCCAGCUGCCGACGUGUACUGGUGCGGAAAAAGGAGCCGAAUGCGCGGAUUUGUCAAUGCGUAGCAAGUUAGACGGAACGCUCACGGGAACGAUGUUUCGAGGCAUGUGGAACAUGCACAAACGUGCUGGUCAGUGUGCCGGAGAACGAUGAAAAAAUGAUGACAAAGGUGGAGAAGGAGAAGAGAUGGUGGUGGUGAUGGCGGCGGCGGCGACGGCGGCGGCGGCGGCGGCGGCGGCGGCGGAGGUGAUUAUGCGGAUGAUGGUGAUGAUGAUGAUGAGGAGGAGGAGGAGGAGGAGGACGGCGAGGGGGAGGAGGAUGAAAUCGCAAUGCCCACACAAACACAAUAA